UUCGGGGGGAGCUGGAGUUUCUGCCGAAAUUUGUGCAAAAUGUGAGAAGACGCAGUUUAAGCCGCUUCUCUGCUGGCAGGAGGGUCGUGGUGAGGGGCGGGCAGCCGUGGGGGGCCUCCGGGCAGAGUUCGCGGUGACCGUGGGCCAGGCGCCCGGCUGCACCCCGGUUGUCCUGAAGACCAAGGUGGGAUCGGGUCCCACCGCUGUUAUAAACGCGCCUCCUUCAGCCUUGCAGAGGACACACUUGAGUGGCAAUCAGUCUGGGCUUCUGCCCGCCUCAGCCCUAUCGGGAGCCAGAGCCGUCCGUGGCUGAACCCCCAUCUUGCCCCCUGGUUUUGGACAUGAGCCUUCGGGAUUCCAGCUACAGUGUGGCCCCGGCGCCCUGCGUGGUAGCCCAGCUGCCCUCUGAUGACAUGAGUCGUUUGGGAGACCCCCAGAGCAGAGACCACGGCUUCCUGCGCACCAAAAUGAAGGUGACCCUGGGGGACGGUGCCAGCAGUGACCUCUUCACCUGCCACAUCUGCCAGAAGGCCUUCACCUACCAGCGCAUGCUGAACCGCCACAUGAAGUGUCACAAUGACGUCAAGAGGCAUCUCUGCACCUACUGUGGGAAGGGCUUCAAUGACACAUUUGACCUGAAGAGACACGUCCGCACCCACACGGGCGUGCGGCCCUACAAAUGCAGCCUGUGUGACAAGGCCUUCACGCAGCGCUGCUCCCUGGAGUCUCAUCUCAAGAAGAUCCACGGCGUGCAGCAGAAGUACGCGUACAAGGAGCGGCGGGCCAAGCUGUACGUGUGCGAGGAGUGCGGCUGCACGUCCGAGAGCCAGGAGGGCCACGUCCUGCACCUGAAGGAGCACCACCCCGACAGCCCGCUGCUGCGCAAGACCUCCAAGAAGGUGGCCGUGGCCCUGCAGAGCACCGUCACCUCCCUGCUACAGAGCAGCCACCACCUGUGAGCGGCGCUGCUGGCCCGGGCCCCCUGGCCGCCGCCCCUUGCUGGACACGGCCCCCCCCACCCCAGGCACAUGUGCUCACUCAGGCGCCACAUCGAGCGAGCCCUGCUCAGGGCUGCAUCUCUGUCUUCCGGGCAGAGGCCGCGCCGAGCCUGGGCAGACACGGGGAAGUGUGGGGCGGCAGCGAGGCCAAGGCUGCGGCACACCCACAGGGACUGGACUUCCCUCCGCAUGAGGAUCCCCUGGCGCCCUCCACCUCUGAAGCGCAGGGGUGGGGCCCGCUGGGCCCCCCCAGAUGACAGCGAAGUCAAGAGCACACUGCAUGCCUGUCAAAGCGGUGGGGGGCUGGCAGCCGCCUGGCGGGGUAUCUACGCUCAGGGCUGCGGGGGCCACUGCCCUCCCCAUGCAGAGCCGCAAACGCACGUGUGCACUCAGGAGGCCUUUUCACACAUCACCUCAUUGUUAGGAAAUCCACUACAAGGUGCCAAGGAAGUUUUAUUUCCUUUUUUUUUU